AGAGAAAGGGGGAAAAAGAGACGUCACAACAGAUAGACCGACAUUCUACCACACAGGAAAAGAGAGAGAGGGAGAGAAAGGGAAAGACAGACAGACAAACAGACCGGCAGAGAGACACACCGUGUGUCCCGGCGCCGCAACUUCACACUCCAAACACACACACACACACACACACACACAGAAAGAGAGAGUUAUUAGCAUUAGCGUUAGCUCGGGGCUGGGAGGAGAACACACUCACAGACACACUCUCUCUCCCUCAAACACACGCACACACACAUUCUCACACAUACACACACACUCGGAGCCAUGAUUAAACUGUUCUCUUUAAAACAGCAGAAGAAGGAUGAGGAGUCGUUGGGGGGAAACCGGACCGGGGCCGGGGGGAAGAAGGCCAGCGCGGCCCAGCUCCGGAUACAGAAAGACAUCAACGAGCUGAAUCUCCCAAAGACGUGUGAGAUUGUAUUUCCAGAUCAGGAUGAUCUUCUGAACUUCAAACUCAUCAUUUCACCAGACGAGGGCUUCUACAAAGGAGGAAAGUUUGUCUUUAGCUUUAAAGUAGGACAGGGUUACCCUCAUGACCCUCCUAAAGUGAAGUGCGAGACGAUGGUGUAUCACCCAAACAUCGACCUGGAGGGCAACGUCUGUUUAAACAUACUGAGAGAAGACUGGAAGCCAGUGUUGACGAUUAACUCCAUCAUAUACGGACUACAGUAUCUGUUCUUAGAGCCAAACCCUGAGGAUCCUCUGAAUAAGGAGGCGGCGGAGGUGCUUCAGUCGAACCGGCGGCUUUUCGAGCAGAACGUCCAGCGUUCGCUACGCGGAGGCUACGUCGGCGCUACCUACUUCGAGCGGUGUCUCAAAUAAUAUCAGUGACGGCACUCGUCGUUUACACACGCUGAGACACUGACUGAUACUUUGACCGCUGGGGGGGAUGGGGUUAGGGGAGGGGCUUCAAAUGAAGGUUUGAUCAGUCAGUCAUUGUUACGCGGAGAAUUGUGUGGCAGUAAGAUGCUGCUGUGAUGUUUGGUUAUUGUACACACACACGCACGCACGCACCAACACAUAUACACACACACACACACGCACCAACACAUAUAUACACAGACACACAAACAAAAUAUAAAAAAUACCCCCUUCCUCCCUUUCUAAUGUUUAAUUCUGAGCUUGGAGAGCAAAUCAGUUGCUUUGAGCUCACACAAUGCACAAAACACACACACAUACACACACUUGUGUCCAUGACGGAUUGACAGACAGGCGGACUGACUGAGCGCAGGGUGAGAGUGGUUCUGACAGAAUAGGAGGUCAUGUGUUUUUGUUAAGUUUUUCUCCAUAUGUACCUGUUUUGAGGGCGGGACGGGGGUAGUGGGGAGGCCUGGGGUGCUCAUGUGGGUGGGUUGGGUGGGAGUUAGGGGUGUGUCUAGUUUUUGUGCAGAGGGUCUGAGUUUGUUUGGGCGACAGAAAUCUUACAAUCCUCUUGUGUAUAUUGAAAUCCCAGCUGUUCUCAAUGACUGCAAUAUGAAUUAUGUUAAAUAAAAUAUGGACUUGAAUGCUUAUAUAA